AGACUCAAAACACAAGUCAUAAUUUUAGUGCUGCUUUGAAACUGUUUGAAAGGCUUCUGUAUCUUUUUUCUUCCAAGUCUCUUCUUUCUUCUCAAGUUACUCAAAAGCUGGAAAUUCACAUUAAUGCAUUUAUUUUAAAAAACUGUAAAACGAAUUUCAGUUUGACAAAGUCAAAAAUAACAACAAAUACUUAACCGGGCCGUGUAUAAAGACAAAUAUGAGAUAAUAGGACUCAAAGUCAAACUGCUCAGUGCACAUUUCUUUAGCACCAUACUUGCAAUAUUUGCUUUGCAGUUACUGUAUGCUUGUGAGAUGUAAACACUUAUUGUAUGUGACAUCUUCAGAAUUUUGUGCUUGUUGCUGUUUUGUGGUUGCUUUUUCUUGAUGACUGUUCACAUAAAUGUUUCAUUUGAAAUACUGUGUACUUUUAACAAAUCCAACAAUGUCUGAAAAACCUUUCCUUAGGCUAGAAUAUGUUUGAAAUGAAAUGAGUUAUUUUGAUGAGCAAAAAAACUCAUCAAAGAUUUUGUAAAUGAACUAAUGACAGAAAAUUUGGUAAAAGCAGAGUCAAUUUUUUAAAUUCACAUUUCAGUUUAUGAACUGAUGAAACGCUGAGAAUAAAGGCCAUUGAACUUUGGUGAAACUGAGCCAUGGAAGUAUCUUUCAGGAUGCAGACGUACCCUGGUUGAAUAUUUAAAAGAAUAAAGAUGUGGAAACCCAAAAUUGAAGAGACACGUGACAGUCUUUUAGUGGAAUAACGUGUUGAUCUUGGCUCUCAACACAAAACAAUUGUUCUGCAAUAUUAAUAAUAAUGGUACAAGUGUUUCCCUAAGGCUUCUUUCAGUACAGAAGACGUGACUUUUGUCACCAUCCUUUUUUACAAGAUGGGAUCAGGUGGCUUUUUCACCUGGGUGUAGUUUGUCCUUAUGGGUAGAAAGCAGAGCAACAUUAGGCCUAACUGGAUGUGGUUAUGGUUAGUUCAUAAAGGCUUCCUCUGGUUUGUUAUGUGAUCCAUUGGCUACUUUCAGUUACUUGUAACUAGCAGUGCAAGCUUCCCAUCAUAGUUUUGUAUGUCUGUGUUCAUUCUGUACCGUAGGAGCCCAGUGUGUCCAUGAACUGAUCACUUUGGUUAAAUAUUAGAAAAUAACAUGCUGACUUGAAGCAUGAGACAGGACGUUUGGUCUGGUCUGUGAUGGUCAUGUGGUUUGACAUCCAACUUUCUACCCUGACUGUCUCUGUCCAACUUUUUGCUGCAGUGUACAAACUGUAAUAAUUUAACAAAACAAUUGAAUAUUUUUAAAAUGUGCUUAGAACACAAAAGUUAGUUGUGACUUGAGUCUUCAAGUGUGUGUCCAUCCACCUGAGUGGAAACACCAGAACAUUUUUUUGGUUGGCUGAGUUGGAAAAGUUGGUGUUUUGAGGCAAAGAAAGAUGCGAUUGAGUUGACCUCAUGCUGGUGUUCAAGCAGCACCGCUUGUUCUCUUCUUGUGUGGUGAGUUUUUGCUCGCUCAUUCCUCUCCGGUGUGACUGAGAUGCCGGCCUCUACUUAUGUAGACACUUGUCAGACGUAAUAAUGUCUUACUGCUCAUGUCUCUUUCUCCAUCUGCCUGCUUUUCAGUGAUGUCACCAUGUUCACUGGUUUCAACCAUCAACAAGUAAAAUGUUUACAGGACAAAGGUAACAAAAGUACAAAAAUGAGAUCAGAGAUAAGUUGUACUAAAGCACGACAAGCCUUGAAAAUUGGUUUCUCAAGCUCAGAAUAUGUAUUUUACAGACAAUAUGUGGUUUGGUGGCAGAAGAGGACCAUGAUUCACUUGCUGUGAGAAGCAACAGCAGCAGCUUUCUGUGCACAGCUGCACAAAGAAGAUGAGCACAAACGUCAGUCUGGAGCUGAUGAUCCAAUUCUGUGUAACACAACACUUAAAACUGUAUUUCAUGACCGGAGCCACGUAUGUACCUAUUUGAAGAUGCUGCAGGAUCCCUGAAAGGUGUCAUGUGACUGUUUGUCUGGUGCCCUGCCCCUACCAGGUGUGCCUCGCUCUUCUGACAUUGUGUGAACAGUAAAAUCAGCAGGCGCUGAAGGCAUCAGCCACGAGUAUUUAAGUGUGGAGAAGAUGCGACUGAUAUUCAGACCGGGGAAAGACGAGGAACCACAAUCGCACCUCUGUGUCCAUUCCAGCUGUAGAGCGCUGAGAGAAUCACCCCUGAGCCAUGCGUCCUCUCGUGGUUUCUGCCAUCUUACUUCUGGUGGCUCUGAUGCACAUGGCGGAGGCUAACGUUGCUACAAUUUCUAGAAUCUGUAACAGCAAGUAUCCAGACGUAAAAUGCAACGUGAAAGACUGGUACAGGCUGGAUAACAAGCGAUGCAUGAAGAUCUACGUAGAACGCCUGACCUUUUCUGAUGCAGAGAAACGUUGUAAGGCAGACGGUGGGCAACUGGUGUCAAUACACAACCUUGACAACUAUGACAAAGUGCUGUGUAACAUGUUCAGGUUUGCUAUUAGGAAACAGGUUUUCUGGAUUGGAGCCAGGAGAGGUGGGCAUGGCUUUUAUUGGGUUGAUGGAAGUGGACGCAUGGGGUUCAGCAGAUGGGCGAGAUGGCAACCAGACAACUGGUUUAACAGGGAGCACUGUGUCGAGAUGAAUUACGGGAGUUGGGGACGUUGGAACGAUGAAAACUGCAAUUCCAAGAGGCCCUUUAUGUGUGCCAAAAACAUGUGAUCAUCAUCAGUAAUGUUUGAUUGACAAGAUGAUCUUUUAAAAUGUGCUGCAGCUGGGCUUGUUUCAUGGCAACCACUGCAAACAUGCAGCAAGUUUUAAGCAUUAAGAAAAAAGAACAAAAAAUGACUCCAAUAAACUAUCAGCAUCAGAAAA